GCCGCGAGACUAGCAAGGUGUUAAUGAUUGAUGUUUCCCAAGAAGAUUUUGGAGAAAAAGUUAGCAGCAAAGAGCGAACGCUAAAUAAAGAAGAUAUUAAUCAAAUCAGUGAGGUUUAUCACUCUUUUCGAAAAAGUGGUGAACUGAAAAAAAAUAGUAUUCCGGCCGCUAUAGUCUCUCGGGAAGAAAUUGAAAAAAAUAACUUCGUUUUAGCCCCCAGUCGUUAUUUGCCUGACAGCCAAGAAGAAUUAACUCCGGAAGAAAUUGAUAAGCAAUUGCUGGAAACUACUGCCGAACUAGAAGAAUUAGUCAAAGAACAAGAUAAAUAUCACCAAGAAUUAAAAACUUUACUGGCAGAAAUUAAGAAAGAACUCAAAAAUGAUUAA